GAGACUCCUUGCCUGGGCCUUGGCGCCGUGCUGGCCAUGAUGCAGGCGGCGCAGACCAUGUAUCCGGGCGAGCUCAGCCCAGCUCGCUCCAGCCGUGGCCGCUUCUUCGAUGACUUGUCCCCGAGCUCCCAAACCAUGCGCUCGACGGGGAGCUUCAUGACCAACCGCACCAUGGGUCGCAUCCAGAGCGCUCCGCUGCUGCACGCGACCCCCACCACUGUCACAACGCCCACCUGGUGCGCCAACCAGCUCCCUUGGCCGUGGACAAAGCCUGGAAGCCGCUGGCGUCGACCUACCGGGACUGGGACGAAUGUCGGGAUGUCGAAGGUGAUGCUAUCGACAAGGGGGACUUCAUCAGCGGCCUGGUCCCGAACUGGAGCAAGGACAAUGUGAUGCGCGUCAAGGGCAUGCUGGAGCACUGCAUCUCCUGGACUUACUACCACAUCCAGCGAGAUGAGGACCACCCUCAGCGCAAGGAGGUCGGAGAGUUCCUGGACCCACAGAACGUGCCGGUGGCCCUCCGCUCGGGGGCGGCGCGGUUCCGCUUCUGGCGGGACCUGAAGCCUCCCUUCCAGGUGGUGCAGGUGACCCGCGCAGAGCACGCCCUGGGCAAGUGGAAGGAUGCAGUGAAGGAUGAAGCUGCCAAACCUCACCCUGACGGGGAUCUCUUCUAUGUCACCUAUGAGUGCAACCUGGCACACCACGUGGAGCGGGCCUGGGGCUUGAAGACCGCCGCGGGCACUUUCGACAACAAGGUGCACGGCGUGGCCAGCGUGCGCCGAGGGAUGCGGAGCAACAAGCAGCUGGUGGGGCAUGGGGCUGUCGGGCUGUGCCUGGUGUCAGCAUACCUAUGGCGCGGCUUUUGCACCUACAUCCUGCACAAGCCGGCAGGGGUGGUGAGCCAGCGUCGGGAUGCACUGGGCCGAGAUAGCGUCUAUGAGGUCUUCGAUUCCCUUGUCGCGCGAGGCCUUCUGCCGGAUGCGCCGGCACACGUGGGAGCAGUUGGCAGGCUGGAUUUGGAAACCACGGGACUCAUCGUGAUGACGGAGGACAGGGAGCUGAACCGCGGCCUUGGCAAGGCCGCGUUGGAGAAGCGCUAUGAAAUCACGGUGCUGGGACACUGGCAGCCGGCGGACGAGCGGAUUCGCGGCCUGUCCGACCCGUACCUCUACCAUCAGAAGGCCACCAACUCGGGCCAGAAGACUUGGACCAAGCCAGCGCAGGUGCGCCUGCUGCGGCAGUGGGAGGAGGAUCCGGGCUCCCAGAAGCCUGCCUUCCUGGGCCACCGGUCCCUGCUGGAGUUCACCUUGCGCGAGGGCAGGAACCGGCAGAUCCGGCGGCUGGUGGCUCGGUCAGGGCUCCGGCUGCUGCACCUGCACCGCACGGCGGUGGGCCCGCUGGAGCUGCGGGACACGGCGUGCGGCCACGCCCGCCCCGUGUGCGGGGAGGAGCUGCGGAGCCUGCGCCGGCUCUGCGGGCUCGAGUGA